AUGCGACGCUCCAUCCUCAGUCUUCUUCUCGGCAUCUUCGUUAUCUAUGCUCUUCCUAUAUAUGCCCAAACAUAUGUCUCUUCCACCGUAUGGAUUGUGCCGGAUGGUAACACUGCCGACCUUUCUAAGACAUAUACCGAGGGUAUAACCCUUCAGGUUACUUGGAACCCAGCUCCAGAGGGUUAUCAAUUUCAAACUCUAUCCAAUCUGUGGGUUACGACCUGGGAUUAUCAGAUAACACAAUUCAGCCAGCUGCUCACAGAGAAUAUAAAUACCAAUAGAAGUGGCACGUAUGACUGGACCAUCGCAAUACCGACGAGCGUUUUGAGUAAAGAUGCAAAAUAUGUCCUCCGAUUCAAGAAUCUCAAUUCAGUAUAUAAUUCAAGCUCCCAAGAAAUAUCAAGUACCGGAUUCUUAGUCAUUAAUGGAGCCUCUUCAUCCUCCUCAUCAACUUCGACAGCAUCUGCUACUCCAAUACGCUCGACCCAGACAUCUUCGUCGGCAUCUAGCACAGCUACCACCAGCGCUUCGGUGACACCAUCAAUAAUCUCGACUACAUCAGCGACACCCGCACCCAUAUCCAUCGCUGAAAACAGUGGUUUGAGCGGAGGGGCAAAAGCCGGUAUUGCCGUGGGUGCUGUGGUUGUAGCUUUCUCGGUUGCUGGGCUGGCAUUUCUUUUUUUCAGGCGGAAACGCCAUGCUAAACGUUCCUCUACGGAGCCUCCAACGGAGCCUCCAUCUUACUAUGAUCCGCCAAAGCAACCCUUCAUUGGAAACACGAGUCAUGUGAUAGCUGAGAUUGGUGGCCGUGAGAGAGCUGAAUUGCCGGGCAUCUAG